UUCCUACUGGAUUCUGAAGAUCUCUCUCCUCUGCAAGUCUACAAGUAGCAAAGAGAAAGAAGAAGAGAGAGAGAAGGCGAGAAAGAAAUGGAAGCAGAGCCAUUGAUUGUCGCCUCAAGAAAACGUAUUCAAUCGACCAACCACCUCCUCUCGCGCCGCAACCAGUCAACCUCGCUCUCCAUGUCUGCCUCCACGUCUCUCUAAUUUUGCAAAACCACUAAAAUUAAAAUUAUAUUAAAACCCGAAUUUUCCCUAAUUGAUCCAUUAAUUGUGAUCUCCCGCAUUUUCUUGGUAAUUGAUGAGUUUGGUGAAGUUAUUGAAACCGUCGAUUUGCGGCCCCCCGCGGGACAUUGAAUCUGGACCGUUGGUGGCGGUGGCGCCGUCGUUGUCGGCGGCGAAGCUGGGGGUUUCGAAGGUGAAAAAGGCCGGCGCUGCGAUUGGAUCCAGGCUUUUGCGCCCCAUUAAGGCAAUGGAGGACCCGACAGUUUCUUUGAGGAAUGAUUACCCUGCCAUUUCUGGUAGAAAUUUGCACCAGAUGUCAACCAUGGAUAACUCGGCAAACAUUGUGUGGCAUAAGUGCUCGGUGGAGAAACUUGAUAGGCAACAAUUGCUUAAGCAGAAAGGCUGUGUCAUAUGGAUUACUGGUCUAAGUGGUUCAGGAAAAAGCACUGUGGCAUGUGCUUUGAGUCAAGGCUUGCACAUGAGAGGAAAGCUCACCUACAUCCUUGAUGGUGACAAUGUUCGUCACGGUCUAAAUCGUGAUCUUAGUUUCAAAGCAGAAGAUCGUGCAGAAAACAUACGAAGAAUUGCCGAGGUAGCUAAGCUCUUUGCAGAUGCUAGCAUCAUUUGUAUUGCUAGCUUAAUAUCUCCCUACAGAAAGGACCGAGAUGCCUGCCGUGCACUAUUUCCCCAAGGAGAUUUUAUUGAGGUGUACAUGGACGUGCCGCUGCAUGUGUGUGAGAAUAGGGACCCAAAGGGACUGUACAAGCUUGCACGAGCUGGAAAAAUUAAAAGCUUUACAGGGGUUGAUGAUCCAUAUGAGCCACCAUUAAAGUGCGAGAUGGUAUUGCAGCAGAAGGGUGGGGAUUGUGUCUCCCCAGGUGAGAUGGCCGAAACCGUGAUAUCAUAUUUGGAGGAGAAAGGGUAUCUGCAGGCAUGAUAGAAGAAAAGGGCUGUCGAAUUCGUUGGUUGGUACCGCUGCUGCCUUUUCCUGCAACAUAACAUCCUGCAAAGAACGUUAGUUUUACCAAUGAAUAAGUAAAGUGAAGACAGAAGUUAUUUUCUUGUUCCCUGCAGCUAGGAAACUGCUCGUUUCCUGCGUAAUCAAGUUCCUUCCAUCAAGUUAAUUAAUCAAUCGAUUAAUUAACUUAUUUGUUUGAAAGCUGCCUUGCGCAACGUGGCUUUCGAUCAUUCAACUAGUAAUAAAGGAGUGGAAACAGGGAAGGAGUAUCAUCUUUUCAUUGUGUCAUCGUGUAAUGAAAUUGGACGUGUAGAAUGGUUUUCGUGGAUGCUUUUCGUAUUUGGAAGAAAAGAAAAAAAAAUUAUGCUGAGGUGUAUACCAGCUGAGAUAUAAACAGAAUUAUCUUUGCAGUUCAA